GUGGCGGCGCCCCCGCCGCAAUCACAGCAGGGCGGACGUCAGAGGUGGCUUGUCUGAGGCUGCGCAUCGCCGGGAGUUCCCACGGUCCUGCCACCGCCGCCGCAGCCGAGGUAACCCGCUGCAGGUUUCUGCAGUUGAACUCCAAGGCACAGAAUGAUUUGGAAAGCAGCUAUAUUGCUCAGCUUGGUCCUGGGAACUGGUGCUGUUCCCAUAGAUGAUCCCGAGGAUGGAGGCAAGCACUGGGUGGUGAUUGUUGCGGGUUCAAAUGGCUGGUAUAAUUAUAGACAUCAGGCAGACGCGUGCCAUGCCUACCAGAUCAUUCACAGAAAUGGGAUUCCUGACGAGCAGAUCAUCGUGAUGAUGUAUGACGACAUUGCCAACUCUGAAGACAACCCCACUCCAGGGAUCGUGAUCAACAGGCCCAAUGGCACAGAUGUAUAUAAGGGCGUCCCGAAGGACUACACUGGAGAGGAUGUUACCCCACAGAAUUUCCUUGCUGUGCUGAGAGGUGAUGAAGAAGCGGUAAAGGGCAAAGGGUCUGGAAAAGUCCUGAAGAGCGGCCCCCAGGAUCAUGUGUUCGUUUAUUUCACUGAUCACGGAUCUACUGGAAUACUGGUUUUUCCUAAUGAUGAUCUUUAUGUAAAGGACCUGAAUGAGACCAUCCGUUACAUGCAUAAACACAAAAUGUACCAGAAGAUGGUGUUCUACAUUGAAGCCUGUGAGUCUGGGUCCAUGAUGAACCACCUGCCUGAAGACAUCAAUGUCUAUGCAACUACUGCCGCCAACCCCAGGGAGUCAUCUUAUGCCUGUUACUACGAUGAAGCUAGGUCUACGUAUCUGGGGGACUGGUAUAGCGUCAACUGGAUGGAAGACUCAGACGUGGAGGAUCUGACUAAAGAGACCCUUCACAAGCAGUACCAUCUGGUAAAAUCCCACACCAACACCAGUCAUGUCAUGCAGUAUGGAAACAAAUCCAUCUCUGCCAUGAAAGUGAUGCAGUUUCAGGGUAUGAAGCACAAAGCCUGUUCUCCUGUCUUUCUGCCUCCAGUCACGAGUGUUGACCUCACUCCUAGCCCUGAUGUGCCCCUUGAGAUCAUGAAAAGGAAACUAAUGAGCACCAAUGAUCUGGAGAAGUCCAGGAAGCUUAUCAAGGAGAUGCAGUGGCUUCUGAAUGCUCAGAAGCUCAUUGAGAAGUCCGUGCACAAGAUUGUCUCCUUGCUGGCAGAAUCUUCAGCUGAGGUGGAGAGGCUUCUGACCGAGAGAGCUUCGCUCACAGAUCACAGCUGCUACCCAGCAGCCCUGGCGCACUUCCGCACACAUUGCUUCAACUGGCACUCCUCCACGUAUGAGUACGCGCUGAAAUAUCUGUACGUGCUAGUCAACCUUUGUGAAAAACCUUACCCACUUCACAGGAUAAAAUUGACCAUGGACAACGUGUGCCUUGGUCACUACUGAAGAUCUGCCUUCUGGGUGCUUUUCUAAGUGUGAACACCAUCCCUCGAAUGUGUACUAAUCUGAGACCGAAGAGGUGGCGUGAAAGGGAAGCCCCCACUGCUCGAGGCCCCCUGGGGAAGGCUGCCAGCCCAC